AUGACGAGCCGACAGCGAUGCAGCGGCAGCGAAGGCGGCGAGAAGGGCCCGGACCGCCGGGCGGCAGCAGAGACAUCGGCGGACGGGGGAGCACACGGGACACGCGAGACGGCGGCGAGGGCGACGGUCACGAUGAAGCUGGCUUGCGAAAUGGAUGACGCCAUCGCGCAACAAUGGACAUCCUCGAUGGGCACUCACGACCCGCACGAGGGGGGCCGACCCCCUCAGAGGCGGCGGGCGGGCGCCCACUGA